GGAAGGAAAAAACAUACUUGUUAAUGUUGUCAACUGUGUGGGAGGAGGCGAAGGAAGAGAGAGGGUCAGUUAGUGUGUUACUUCCUGAAUACUUUGGGUUACCAGUACAGUUUUUGGGAAAAAUUGAACAAAUAAAAGUCCUGCCAGAAAGAUAUAUUAAGGCAUUACUGAGGAGACGGGAGACCUGGCAUGCUGUAUGUGCAGAGGCUGCCAGUACUGAAACAAGCACUGGGCUGAAUCCAUCCUUUCCCAUUAGGCUGAUAUUCUCCAUUAAUUGUGAAAAUGCCUGAAGAAGUCAGUAAACUGCGCUUAGCAGCACUGCGUAAGCAGGCGAUUGUAGCUCUGAUGCACCAACCAGCAGAGGCUUAUCGAGAUGCUGUUCAGGCCAUUGUGGAAGUGGACUUGUCCUUUGAACAGAAAUACCAGGUGGUCGAUGUUGUUAAUAUUCUCAGAAUGAACAUCACCAGUAACAAUGUUCAGAUGGGUCUGAAUAUGAUUUCCAAAGCCUUCAACAUCUUGGAGAAAUAUGGCCGCAACCUCCUGAAUCCCAAGAAACCCCACUUUUGGAGAUGUGUCAAGUUCAAUAACCCAGUCUUCAAGAAUACUGUUAAUGCAAUUCAGGGUGGUAAGGAAGUACUUUAUUUGUAUGGCUACACUGAAGAACAGUCAGAUGGGCUGAAUUUUCCUAACAGUGUGCCAGAACCUGAUGAAAGAAAGGUGGCAUCUGUCACAGUAGAUGUUACAUUACUGCGUUUGGAGCUGGACCACAUUAUUAAGGGUACCCAUCCUCAUCCUGAAGCUUUCAGACAAGUCAUCUCCCAGCAGAUCCUAAACUCUGAGGCUAAGGAGUCUGCACUGGUUAGUGAUGCUAUUCCGUUUGUGGAGACCACAACUCCAUAUAUUCAACCACCAGAGCAAAUGGAAACCACAACUCGGUAUAUUCAAACUCCAAUGCAAACAGUGCUGAGUUCAGCAGAAAGUAAUUUAGCUCUUCCCUGCAAUCUUUGUGGAGAGGAGAAAGUCUCUGUCCAAUGCCCCAGCUGUAACCAGUCAUUUUGUUCAGAAUGUGACAUUCGUUUCCACAAGCACCCAGCACGUGCUGACCACCAGCGCUUACCAUUGCCACUGAAACGACAACGAUAUGAUUGCCAAGUUAAAUCCGGAUCCUUUGAUGGUGAUGUACCGGUUCUGAGAACACCAGCCAUAACAGACACAAACAGGCCUGUGUCUGCAGACACUUCAGGUGGACAGAGAGCACUCGGUGCUCCAUUUUCUCCCAGUCUCCUUGGCUCUACACUACUUCCUACUAAUUAUGUAAAACCAGUAGCAUCUAUUGCUUUGGGAGUAUGUCAGUCACCUGACAGAAUUACAAAAUACCAGAGAAGCACUUGGACACAAUCUGCUAGCCCUUGCAAUGACCCACCCCAAGAGAUGGGCCUAGAUGCUUCUGUAACACGUAUGCCUUGGGAAUGUCAGAGCUGCACAUAUCUGAAUGAAGCCCGUGCCAUGCUUUGUGUGGGAUGCGACAGACCAAAGGGAUGCAAGACAACAUCUGUUAUCGAUGUGGCAGGGAAGUCCCUGUUAUCCCGUGGCAAGUGGUCCUGUCAGACAUGCACCUUUGAGAAUGAACCAUCAGCAGUACUGUGUGAGGCCUGCAAGAGACCUAGGCUCUCUGGAAAGCCAUCCUUCAGAGAACCAAAAACAAUGAAUCUACCUGUGGUACAACCAUGCUCAUCAGAGAAACCUGAUGAAGGUUGGCACUGUCAGCACUGCACAUACUGGAACUCCAAGCCUGGCCGCAUCUGUGAAGUGUGCAACAGGACGAGUAGCAUAGCAGCAUCAUCACAGCCCACAACUAGCAAUACUGCACCAGAACUGCCUACAGUUGGCCUGAAAGAACGCAUCACAGCCCUACAGAGUAAGUUAAUAAAAGGCAUAGAGAACACUGGUGUAGCGGCCCAUGAAGAGCCACAUCAAAAGGCAGGUUCUGUGAUCAAUGAAGCCGAAGAGUGGAAGCGUCAGGAAGAACUGAGGGCUGCAGGACAGAAACUUGUGAAGAUGAUUCGGAGCGGAGAAGAAAAUGGCUCGUCUCCUGAAGAGGUAUACUGUGCCUUUCUGUACUCCGGUACUGAGGUACCUGUUCAGUGGCUUCAGACAGAGCUUCCCAGUGUGCUAGAAGUCAUUGUUGACCAUGUGAUCCAGAAGGGCCAAGUCAUGCCAGAGAACACAGUGGGGAGGAUAACGCAAGAGGAGGCACGACACUCCUGGCUAGCAUGCAGUGGCAAUGUUGAAGAUGCUGUGCAGGAAUGCAUCAAUAUUCGAAAGAAGAAGGUCCUGGAGAUACAAUCUAUGGGCUUCAAAAACAAAGAUGAAAUCCUUGACUCCCUCUACAGGAAUGCUGGAGAUGUCCAGAAGGCACUAACAGACUUGCAAGGAAAACUUCUAGAACCCUUUCAUACUCGGAUGUGGAAUGAACAUGAGCCUCAGAUCCACUCAAAUAUGCCUGACAGAGCUCGUCUUCUGAGACGGAUCCUUGGUACUUUUGGACUGCCAAGCUGGGGCCGGGCAGAACUAGUGCUGACUUUUCUACAGGAGGAUGACCAAAGCUAUAGCCUCCACGAUGUGAUUGAAGCUGUCCGACAGUCACAUGACAGGCAAAUUAUCAAACGGAUGUUGUCACAUGAGUGCUCUGUCUGCAUGGCAUCCUACCCUCGAAAUCGGAUGCGGUCCUUGACAUCUUGUGAAUGUAUGAUAUGCCAGGAAUGUUUCCAGCUGCACUUUACAAUUGUACUGAAAGAGCGCCACAUCAAGGACAUGGUCUGUCCAGGAUGCAGUUUGCCAGAGAUCACUGAUGAAGAUGAGCUCCUGAGUUACUUUUCUACACUUGAUAUUCAGCUUCGUGAUUGUCUGGAUGAAGAUGCUUAUCAACUUUUUAACAAGAAGCUAACAGACUGGACACUUAUGAAGGACCCAAAGUUUAAGUGGUGUACUCAUUGUUCCUUUGGAUUUAUUUACGAUGGUGAUCAAAUGAAAGUCACUUGCACCCAGUGCAAAAAGAGCUUCUGCAGCAGUUGCAGAAGACCGUGGGAGGAUCAGCACCAAGGCAUUACAUGUGAUGAGUUUCAGAACUGGAAGCAGGAAAAUGACCCCGAGUACCAGACGCAGGGGCUCGCAAAAUUCCUUAAUGAGAAUGGCAUAGAGUGCCCUAAAUGCAAGUUUCAGUAUGCACUGUCCAAAGGAGGCUGUAUGCACUUCAAGUGUACCCAGUGUCGGCACGAAUUCUGCAGUGGCUGCUACAACAUGUUUCUUGCAGGCAAUAAAUGUACAGUUCAGAAUUGUUCACUGAAGAAAUCCCUCCAUGCCCACCACCCACGUGACUGUCUCUCCUACCUACGAGACUGGGAUGUUGAAAGACUGAAAAAAUUGCUCAUGAUGAAGGCUGUUCAUUUCAACACUGAACCUCCUGCAGGAACCCAUGCAACACCUGGAGGAUGCCGAGUUAUGGAACAGAAGGAAUACCCAGAUGGAUUGAGAGAUGAACCCUGUGGAAAGGAGGCCACUGAUGGCUAUGCUGGCCUUUGCAAAGUUCACUAUCAGGAGUACCUGGUCAGCCUGAUUAAUGCACACUCACUCGAUCCCGCUGUGCUAUAUGAAGUUGAGGAACUGGAGGUUGUACUUCGGCGCUAUCAUGUAGAUUUCCAGGGACAAGCAGCUGGAGAAACUGCCGAAGCAUAUAAAGCUAGAAUGCAGCAGGACAGAGGCAGACUGGUGCAGAAACUGAUGGCAGAAGUGCCACUGGAUGACAGAGUACCUCGGAAGAAGCGAUACUGAUGUUCCUGCUUUUCAAUCCAUGGUGUGUGACAAAGACUGUGUUCAGCACAUGGAUGUGCCUUUCAGAGUGUAAACCCCACAGACAGCUAGUUACAGCAGAAGAACUAGCAAACUUGAAAGGUGAUGGAAAGAACGAAGUUGGAAUUAGACAACUGAUUCAGCUUGGUAGUUAAAAAAGCAUAAAGAUGUAAACAUUUUGUGACUGCCUCAGAGUUUUGAGAAGAGGGAAUAUAAACAGGACAGGUUACACAACUUCUCUCUGAUCAGUGCCUGUGGACUUGCUGUACUCCUAAUGCAAAGGAGCAGGGCUUGAAAUAAUUAUCUGCGUGAUUGUUCAGAUUUCUGUGAUGUUUUCUAAUGUUUGUAUGUAGGUGACUGCUAAUUUUCGCUUCCUUGUAAUCUCAGGUAAAGACUAUUUUUCAGUAGUAAGAAUGUGGGCUCUGUUCAAAUGGUCUUGACUUCCAAUAAGUAGCUCUGUGUGGUGUUCUCAUAAGAGAGUAACAACAGGUAAGACUGGUUAAAAUCCUAACACUUCUGACAUCAUGCCCCACUUCCAAAUUCUUACACUGUUAGGAGGCUGCAUCUGAUGGCACUUUAUAUAAUUGCAUGAUAUGUUGUCUUAUGAAGCAGACCUUUUCCAUGUACACUGCUGAGCAAAUUAUCUUUUAUUUGUAGGUAUUUCCCACUAAUAUUGUCUUCUUUCUUGAUAGCUGUAUAAAUUAGCAAAGUAACUUUAGACAUUAAAUUGCUAGCAAGGAUUCUUAUAUUUGCUGUCUUUUCUGCCAGGACUGUUCUAUUACAUCCUGAGCUGUUCGUCUGCCAGGCAUUCAUCUAUCAUUAAUAUUAACUUCAGGAAACAUUUUGUGGCAUAAUUUUAUGAUGCAGAAAGAAUAACAUGUAGAAAACACUUUUCCAGCUCUCCUUAGUUCGUAUUACCAACCAUCUACAAAAAUCCUCCACUGACGUUAUUUCAUUUGACCCAAAGAACAGUACAGGUAGAUGAUUGUGGUGUCAUCUUGACCCUAGCAGACAUCAGAACCAUAAACACAGCUUCUUGUACUGUCUAGUCGGUUGCCAAUACCAAGUACUAUUCUUAGGAUAGUCUUAAGCUAUUUGAACUUAAUGAUCUGUGGCUAAUGCAUGUUUCUUGUUACUGUUGCUACUGUAAACCCAUCAAGAUCUUUGAGCUCUUUGUUAUCCUUUCCUGGUAGAUGUGGUGGAGGCAUCUUGUGUUACUGGAAGCUGGCUUUAUUACAAAUUGCCAUAGUUUUCUUUGCCGUCACUUUUUAUGAAAUCUGCUUCUGCUCUACCUUGUUCACACUGUGGUGAAAGGUGUUGAAGCUCCUUUUAAUCAAGGCUGCAGUACCCACACAAAUCUUGGCUUCCUCAGUACUGCCAGUACAGCACUACUAGGCCUGAAAUGCUGACUUGGUACAAAGUAUUGCACAUGGUUACAGAACAGACAGAGACACCUUCAUUUCCUUACUGGAUUUUGAGUCCAGUUUAGAUUAUCCUGGUAAAAUAAUGUUAAAAUAAAAUAAAUAAAUAAAUUAAAACCUGAUGUUGGAUGUCACACAUUGGUAUGAGGGUAGCCUUCCUGUCCAUGAUCUCUUCCUGUGAUGGUCUCAUUUUUAGAGAAGGAAUACCUUGUGAGUCUACCAAAGGCACCUUGCAUAGUUAUUCACUACUGGCUAAUUUCUGGUUGCUUAGAAAUGGCCGUGACUGCACUGUAGUUCUCUCAUUUCUGUCUCAGCAAGGCUGUGCAAAAGAAAUAAUUUCUAGCAAGUAUUCCUUAUGUGGACUCUGUGGCCAUGUGGUGCUACUUUUGUCAUAUAAAACACUGAUGUUUAUAACAGUGUCCCGUCAAGUGUAUCAGUGCCAAUGUACUGCCUCAGAAGUAGCUUUUCUUUUUAUCCCUUCCCCUGAUGGCAGUUUGGGUCGUUAACGUCAGUGAUGUUCAGCUCUGUAGAAUUUGCUCUUUCCAGGGAUAUUUCACUUCUCUUUAUGUUCUUUUUGGAUCAGUAGUAGGACAGACUGUUCUAUAUUUGUAUGCAUUACAAUACUUCAGCCAGCGUGAGCGGCAAGCGCUGUGCCUCCCAUGCUGCUAAUAAUACACCAGGUGCAUGCACUAAUAUUUGAUAUUAGUCAAAUACAUGGCAUUAUUUGCAGUUUUAGCCAACCAGUUCCAGUAAGGACUGCAGUCUGAUAUGAUUGAGUUAGCUUUCUAGUCUUGUUUGAGAUAAUAUGCCAGACACUGUUACAGGGAUCUAGGAGGAAGUGAAAGUCUGGUUUUGUCCUGCUGACAGAAUGUUCAACCCUUGCCCACCUGGAUCCUUCAGCAUUUUUGUGAGCAACUUUGGUGUCUUUACUUGCAGAUCUACUGAGCAGGAAAAAAAAAAAACAUUCCAUCAGGUAUAAUUUCUCUUGAUUUGAGUGCCUGAAUUUGAACAGUCUCCAAAUGUUUUUAUUUUUGCUGUACUGCAAGAUCACAGUAUGUAACUAUUUUUUUUAUCAUUGCAGGCUGUUUCUUUUAUCCCCCACAGACUUUGGACUUUUAAGUAAGGGUAAGCAGAUUACUCCCACAUGUGCUCACAGUGCACACCCACACCCCUACAAAAAACACUUUUUAUAAGACUGUCACACAGGUUUGGUUGCUGUGUUUCUCAACAGGUCUAAAUCAUCAGGUGUAUUGCCAGUGGGUUGUACAUCAGACUCUUGUUGGGGUUCAGAUGUAUUACUAAUAUUUUCUUCUGAUUAGGCAAGCAAAGGGCUCAACGUAUAUUGGAAUUAACUCUUGGAGUUCCUUAGUACUCCUUAUGAGGAAUGCAUUCAGAAUCUCCAUCACCCUCUACUCUCACAAAAAAUGAGUCAGGGGACCCUGUGGCACCACUUUUUGUUGACCAUGGUAAAUAAGACAUGCACUCUUGACAUUAUGGCUCCAAAAAGUUGAUUAGAAUUACCUUGUGCCCCUGUAUUUCAGCCCCAAUUCCUAUGGCUCCCAUAGCUGUUCUCUCUUCCUUCUUCCAAGAAAAUCAAAUCCUUCUUCAGCAGAUGACUACCUCUGUAGUUGCUGUGCCUAAAGAGGCUAGAAUUUGUACCCAAAGUUAUUUCAUAUUUCAAGUUCUAAAAAAACUGAAUAUUUUGGACCCAGUCAUGGCUUUAUCCCACUAAACAUUAUCAGCAGAUAGUUAUGUUGCAAUGCUUUAGUUAGACAGAGACUUUAUGUACUUUCUGACCACAAAAACAAGUAAGGAGCAUGUUUUAAAUUUUAGGAACAGUGUAGCAUUGUAGUGCUUCAGGGCAUCAGACUGCACCUUUAUUUGGGGGAGGGGCCUGUUUGGAGUAUGUUGCCUUUAGUUUAAUUCCAGGUGCUAUUAGUAGUGUCAAUGAUAACACUCUGCUAGUGGAGUAAAAGACUAUCUGUCCCAGAUUAGACCUUUUUUAUUCUUUUAAUUUAAUUUAAUUUCAGUGCAGAGUACAACAACAUUAAAAUACAGCUCAUAAAUCCUGUAAAAAUUGAACAUCAUCUGCAAUAUUCAGGAGACAGUGCCAUAGGCAUUAGGGCUAACUCAGUACAUAGAACAUUCUCAGGCUAUUUUCUGUCAUAUUGUCAGGAGUCCCUUGUGCUCUCAGAACUGCAGUUCUUAGUUGUUGCUUUGCUGUUUGAAUGCAAGAGUCAGUGCUCAGCUUACAACUCUUGACGGUGUUCUUUUUUGAUAUUGCUGCUAAAUUCACUAAUCAUUGUUGUCUAUGUAAACAAUCUCUUUCAACUACUUUUAUUUUAUGUUUGACUGCAGAGUCACUUGUUUCUGAUGUAUUCUCAGUGUCAGACUACAGUUAUUGGCCUGGUACUAUUCUCAGUUUGAAAAUGCCAUAGCCUGUGUUCCAUAAGUGCACCUCUAGGACCCUGUUAUCUCACAGCAGCAAACACCCUUUCACCUAAAUCCUUCUGUUCCUUACAUUAUUAUAUCCUCAUUCUCUUUUCAGUAGUGCUGAAUUAAAAUAAAUUAGGGGCAGAGUACAUUCAAAAAUGAAAAUAAUGUACAUAAACAUAUUGUGUAUACCUGCUACUAACACCGUUUGUUGCAAAGAUAAUACUAACCUCUUUUUCUCUGUGUAAUAGAGCUUUUUUCUCUUUUGAUUCCCAGGCUGAGCCUGAAAAUGGUCCGCUGGAUCACUGCACUACCCCAGCUGGCAAAUAUUAAAUGAAUUAAAUUAUUCUUAAUUGUAUUCACAAACUUUUUCAUUAUUUGACUUUAAACAUUUCUUAUAUACUGUAUAUUCCUGCAUUGAAAAGAUCUUUUGUGUUGUG